GCUCCCUUGCAUUGAAUUAGCAAUUUAAAAAAUUACGAAACUCUUUCACCGCGUUACCUCCUUUAAGAAGGAAGUCUUUGCAAGUAAACCUGUAGCGUUAUAAGACUUUUGUAGGGAAUGACUUGGGCGGGGGGGGGGGUUAAUUUUAGCGUUCGGUAAGUGCACAGCUUUGUAGAAGCUUGAGAUUUUAAGACAGGCACAACUGUCUAAUCUUGGACUAGGAACUUUCAUCUUUUGGACCCCUGCAUUGUGUCAGGGGCAUAGACUAUAUUCUCAUGAGGAUUCCUUGCACCCUCCAUUUUACGUGGCAACCUGAUGCUGCCAGUAUAUUUUUAAAUGUCAUUUGGGUUCCUUGCCACUCUGAAGAGAGAGAUCUAAGGUCUGAUAAAGUUUAGUAGCUGUUCCCUAAACCAAACUUUUAAUAAAGUUUGAGUACAAAAGGCAGUUUCAGCGGGAGGGAGGAGGGAUUAUUGAUAUCUAAGAAUAUCUUCAAAUAUUAAAUUGCACCAAGUAAAGCAUUUUAUGGUAACAUUUUUCAGCAAGAUGUGCUUUAUAAAACUUAGUAUUUUAACAGUCCUAAACAGUCCUGAACAGCAUUCAUUAAGUCAGUCAAUUUUUAAGGUGAAAUUAAGCCCAUCUUCCAGACAGGACAAUUUUAGUUCUGUAUUUGUAUUUAAUGACUGUCAAGGGGACGUUCCCCUCUGGAUCCUACUGAACUAUUUUAAUAGAAAUAUAUAGCUGAUAUUGAUGGCUGUUAAUAAACGAUGCUUCACAUAUUCUGUUAAGCACUUUACGUUUGUUACCUUGUUUGGCUCUCACAACAGUCCUAUGGGAUAUGUAUUACGUUUUACAGAUGAAGAAACUCAAGCAUUUAAGAAGAAACUGGUAGAGAGAGAACUGGAUGCUCUUCUGGAACAGCAAAACACCAUUGAAAGUAAAAUGGUCACUCUCCAUCGAAUGGGUCCCAAUCUGCAGUUGAUUGAAGGAGAUGCAAAGCAGCUAGCUGGAAUGAUCACCUUUACCUGCAAUCUAGCUGAGAAUGUAUCCAGCAAAGUCCGUCAGCUUGACUUGGCCAAGAACCGCCUCUAUCAAGCCAUUCAGAGAGCUGAUGAUAUCUUGGACCUGAAGUUCUGCAUGGAUGGAGUUCAGACUGCUUUGAGGAAUGAAGAUUAUGAGCAGGCUGCGGCCCACAUUCAUCGCUACUUGUGCCUGGACAAGUCAGUCAUUGAGCUCAGCCGACAGGGCAAAGAAGGCAGCAUGAUUGACGCCAACCUGAAAUUGCUACAGGAAGCUGAGCAGCGUCUCAAAGCCAUUGUAACAGAGAAGUUUGCCCUUGCUACUAAGGAAGGGGAUCUGCCCCAGGUGGAGCGCUUCUUCAAGAUCUUCCCACUGCUGGGUCUACAUGAGGAGGGAUUAAGCAAGUUCUCAGAAUACCUUUGCAAGCAGGUGGCCAGUAAAUCUGAGGAGAAUCUGCUGUUGGUGCUGGGGACAGACAUGAGUGAUCGGAGAGCUGCAGUCAUCUUUGCAGAUACACUCACUCUUCUUUUUGAAGGUAUUGCCCGCAUUGUGGAGACCCACCAGCCAAUAGUGGAGACCUAUUACGGGCCAGGGAGACUUUAUACUCUGAUAAAAUACCUGCAGGUGGAAUGUGACAGACAAGUGGAGAAAGUGGUGGACAAGUUCAUCAAGCAGCGGGACUACCACCAGCAGUUCCGGCAUGUCCAGAAUAGCUUGAUGAGAAAUUCUACAACAGAAAAAAUAGAACCAAGGGAACUGGACCCUAUCCUGACUGAGGUCACCCUCAUGAAUGCCCGCAGUGAGCUGUACUUACGCUUCCUCAGGAAGAGGAUCAGCUCUGAUUUUGAGGUGGGGGACUCCAUGGCCUCAGAAGAAGUAAAGCAAGAGCACCAGAAGAGCCUGGACAAGCUCCUUAAUAACUGCCUGUUGAGCUGUACCAUGCAGGAGCUCAUUGGCUUCUAUAUAACCAUGGAGGAGUACUUCAUGAGGGAGACUGUCAACAAGGCUGUGGCUUUGGACACCUAUGAGAAAGGCCAGUUGACAUCCAGCAUGGUGGAUGAUGUCUUCUACAUUGUAAAGAAGUGCAUUGGGCGGGCUCUGUCCAGUUCCAGCAUCGACUGUCUCUGUGCCAUGAUCAACCUUGCAACCACGGAGCUGGAGUCUGACUUCAGGGACGUUCUGUGUAACAAGCUGCGGAUGGGCUUCCCGGCCACCACCCUCCAGGACAUCCAGCGAGGGGUGACGAGUGCCGUGAACAUCAUGCACAGCAGCCUCCAGCAAGGCAAAUUUGACACAAAAGGCAUUGAGAGCACUGACGAGGCCAAGCUGUCCUUUCUGGUCACCCUGAACAAUGUGGAAGUGUGCAGUGAGAACAUCUCCACUCUGAAGAAGACACUGGAGAGUGACUGCACCAAGUUGUUCAGCCAGGGCAUUGGAGGGGAGCAGGCCCAGGCCAAGUUUGACAGCUGCCUUUCUGACUUGGCUGCCGUGUCCAACAAAUUCCGAGACCUUCUGCAGGAAGGGCUGACGGAGUUAAACAGCACAGCCAUCAAGCCGCAGGUGCAGCCUUGGAUCAACACCUUCUUAUCUGUCUCCCACAACAUCGAAGAGGAAGAAUUCAACGACUAUGAGGCCAAUGACCCCUGGGUACAACAGUUCAUCCUUAACCUGGAGCAACAAAUGGCGGAGUUCAAGGCCAGCCUGUCUCCAGUCAUCUAUGACAGCUUGACCGGCCUCAUGACCAGCCUUGUUGCAGUGGAGUUGGAGAGAGUGGUGUUGAAAUCCACCUUUAACCGGCUGGGCGGUCUGCAGUUUGAUAAGGAGCUGAGGUCACUCAUCGCCUACCUUACCACAGUGACCACCUGGACCAUCCGAGACAAGUUUGCCCGGCUCUCCCAGAUGGCCACAAUCCUCAAUCUGGAGCGGGUCACGGAGAUCCUAGAUUACUGGGGCGCCAACUCUGGCCCACUGACGUGGCGCCUCACCCCUGCCGAAGUACGCCAGGUGCUGGCUCUGCGCAUGGACUUCCGCAGUGAGGACAUCAAGAGGCUGCGCCUGUAGCCGAGGCCCAUCGGGCCUGUCAUUCUUCAGGCUCUGUUCCCUAAGUGGCCACGGCCAAGUAGCUGAGCAAGGCUGUCUGGCUUGGGGAGCUCUGACAGCACAGACUGUUCCACUGUGGACAGCAGGAAGUAAGGCUCAGCUCACCCUGCUGUCUGCACUCAGGCCUGUCUGCGUGGUGCUUUGCAGGCAGCCUCCCCCCACCAAGAGAGGUGAGUCCCUUGGGCUCCUAAUUAUGUGGGAAAGCCAAGGCAGGCCAGCUUUCUGCAUGGGCGGUCAUUCUCUCCUCCUUAGACACUACAGCAAACAGGCUGCCUCCCAUCCAGCCCUAAAGGACUUGGGUAUACCUGGGGACCCAGGGAAUUAGGUUUACUCUGAAAGGCUGUGAUGUUUAUGAUCACCCUGAAUAAAGACACUCCUUGGAGAGA